AUGGCGGACGUUCAUAUGGUCAGAUAUCGUAGACCUCGACUUUUUCGACGAGUCGACAGACAGGAGACGGACUUAAUGGACGACGAAGUGCGCCGAAGGUAUAGGUUUUCGACGGACAACAUUGACCAACUUGUGGGACUGUUGGAGCCAACAUUACGAACACGGACGCGACGAAACCAGGCACUAACCAUUCGACAACGGAUCAUGUUGACUUUGAGGUUUCUCGCUUCCGGGGCUUUUCUCCAGAUAAUAGGAGACACCUUCGGCGUGGACAUUGCAACUGUGUCCCGAGUUGUGACCGACGUGACGAACAGCUUGUUUGCACUUAAGGAUAUGGUGAUAAGGUUUCCCGUGACUGACGCUGACAGACGACGAGUGAUGACGGGUUUCAUUGAAAUGAGAGGGCUUCCGGGCGUUAUAGGCUGUGUCGACGGUACACACGUCCGUAUCAUUUCUCCCGGUGGUCCAGAUGAGCCUUUCUUUGUGAAUCGGAAAGGGUUUCAUUCCCUCAACGUCCAGGCAACAUGUGACCACAAAGAUGAGAGCUGA